CCAGAAUUUAAUUGCAUUAGGAAGUGCAAUUUCAAGUGCGUCCUUCAUCACCUGUCGUCAUUUCGCACUAUGUACAUGAGAUGCGCAGACAAGUUGUUGUCUUUGUAGAUCGUUCUUGGCAGCACCUUAGAAGCUAGGUCUUUCUUCUCGAACACAUAAAAGACAAAAAAGCUUGCCUCACAUGGGCGACAAUGUCAAUCCUUAGCUGAUACCGCGUGUUCUACAACGGCACAAUGGCAUCGUCACUCGUUAAAGAGCUGCUUCAGCUCACUGCAUUCCUCCUCCCGGCAAUCCAGCCCUGCUCAGCUACAUCGCUGUAUUCUACGUACAAAUUCAAUCCUCUUGAGCAUCUUGGCGGUGUAGCGCCAUACUUCGAGCCCCAAGAUCCGCCGGCAUCGCCGUCGACCCCCCAGGGUUGUACGGCAUCAAAGGCAGUCUAUCUUAAUCGCCACGCCGCAAUCUAUGCCAAUGACUACGACUACGAGGAGUAUAUCGAUCCCUUCGUUUCCAAGUUAGAAAAUAACACGGCUACCGACUGGAGCAAGAUUCCGGCUCUGAGCUUCCUGGCCGGAUGGACAGUCCCACUGACGGAUGCCGAACAAGAGCUAUUGACGCGAGUCGGCAGACUAGAAGCUGCUCAGCUUGGCGUCACUCUUUCGUUUAGGUAUCCAAACCUUAAGCUACCAUCUCAUAUCUGGACGUCGUCCGCUGAACGUACUGUAAAGUCGGCGCAGUCGUUCGUGAGAGGGUUGGAGCUUGAUGAGAAUGAGAUCAAUGUGGUUAGCAUCUACGAGUCAGAGGAAGCUGGCGCAAAUUCUUUGACGCCUUACAAGAGCUGCCCGGCUUAUUCGUCAUCGUUCGGGAGCGAUCAAUCGGCGGUUUACCUGGAGAAAUUCACGAAACCCAUCACCGCAAGACUGAAUGUGCUGGCCCCCGGGUUCAAUUUCACGGCCAACGACGUCUACGGUAUGAUGGAGCUAUGCGGAUACGAAUCAGUAAUUCGUGGAAGUUCUCCGUUCUGUGACCUGGACUUGUUUAGCCCGGAUGAUUGGCUAGGAUGGGAGUACACAGCUGAUGUCAUGUAUCACUAUAAUGUGGGCUAUGGCAAUACCAUUUCUGGCGUUGUCGGAUUGCCUUGGUUCAAUGCGUCGGCAAACUUACUUCUAGAGGAGUCAAGCGACGAGCAGGAUAUAUACGUCAGCUUCACCCACCGCGAGCUACCUCCUAUGGUGUUUGUGGCCAUGGGCCUAUUCAACAACUCCGAGUUUGGCGGAAGUGAGGCCAGUGUUAACGAUACCAUGCCGCUGGACCGAAUCAACUACCGACGCGCGUGGAAAAGCUCACACGUACUCCCGUUCUUGAGUAACUUGGCUAUCGAGAGGCUGAAUUGUUCGGGCAGCUACGGGUACGAAGACGGCGACUAUUACCGAGUACUGGUGAACAGCGCACCCCAACCGUUGUCCAACUGCGCCGAUGGUCCCGGAACGACUUGCUCGAGAUCCGGUUUCGAGAAAUACGUGCAAGAGAGGGUCGACAUGUUCCAAGGCUUCUCCGAGAAGUGUGGCGUUGAUUACAAGAACUCGACAGAUACGGUGUCCAUCUAUACAGAUCCGGCGGUGGGCAACGGAACUGCUGUUGGGAAGAGAUACGAAGCGUUUGAAAAUUAGACACUGUAGCUUAACGUAUAAAUGUAAUUAUAUUUCAGCUGCUCAUGUGGAAAAGACUCAAGGUGUAUUAGCAUUGUGUCGCUACAUUUUCUUGGUGAUUCCGGAGUUAAAACAUUCGUACGUACGUGAUCUGCUAAGAAAGAAACCCUUGAGAGUCUAUUACCUGUCUUUCCCGAGUAAUACAAGGAGUCUCUGCAAUGCUUGUUUAGAUACAGGGUGAUGGACUCAUGAUAAAGAAACGCGGUUGAAAAGGUCAGGUUUGU